AUGCAUACAACUACUCCGAGUGUGGCCUUGGACCGAAACGACGCCGUUCCCACGCCCGAGGCUGUCAAGAGAAGCCCCGCCUCCAAUACGCAUGAAAGCGACCGGUCUCCGCAGCACGCCCACCAAAGAUUGGUGUUUGUCGAUCCAGUCGCCCUCCGAUACCUCGAAGAAGACUCCUCAACAGAUGUGCUUGAGCGGCGUGCUACUUUGCAGGGCUAUGAAAUCUACAUUGUUGAACAAUGGGCAUGCUCUCGGGUACAUCCGACGUUUGUCAUCUCUACAUUCACCGGUGACUUGUCGCAUACCGUGAUAGUAGGUGUGCUGAGUGUUCCGACCAAUGAGAGUACAUGGUCGCCCCGCCUGCGGAUGUACUUCGACGCCAUGAAGCAAUGUCACGCCAAGAAGAAACAAACGCCACUGGGGAUAGUCAUGAUCACAGAUCUAGGCUCGUUCCCGUCAGCCCUGAGUGUGAUACCAGUCCCAGGCGGCGACAUCAAAAAACACAGAGAGGACUUUAUAGUGAACGAAAACUUGAAGAGGCUCGGAUGCGCUGGUCGUGCCGGACUGAAGCUUCAGUCGCCGUCUGCCGCUACCGAGGCAAAGUUUCACCAGUUGUACCGAACCAGUGAGAGGGUUCCGCUGUACGCUGCAGUCAUCGAGUUGGUCAAACAGUGCCAAAUUGCUCUCAUGGUGUUUGACAAACUAGCACCGGAGUAUGUCGAUGGCCUGCUGUGUGAUGUGACCGAGGCUGCUAUCAGUGACUGGUGGCGAGAUAUUGGAACCGAUCUCUACAAUAUUGAACCAAGCGACAGCAGCCUCGGACCCACAAGCGUGGCUGCAAUGCUAGGAACCUUGCUCGGGGCUCGGAACAGAUUACACGCCUACGGCGCCCCUGUCGGGAAGGAUGCAUUUGACUUCCCCAAUUUGAAGAGAGGCAUUGGAGGGUUCCAAAAAUCGCAGAAAAUGAAGCGCACGCGGAGACUCGAUCGACACACCCUAGAUCGACUACAUCGUGCCACGGCCAAAGCCGCAAACGCAGAGGGAUGGACAGAUGCGGUCAAAUCAACAAUGGCGGAACUGAGUGGACAGGGUGGUGAAAUGGUGAUGGGCAUGGUUCGCGGACGCGACAAAGGUGGCAUAGCGGAUAUCGAAACACUCGAUCUGGACACUUUUGUCCAGUGCUGCAAUGGCGGGAGAGCAAAGUGGCUUUGGCUCGGCAAACCACGCAAGAGUGGUCAUGAAGAUGGUUUCACACGUGGGACUGGAUCAGAUAUGAUGUUUACCACCGAUGAACAAGGUGGAUAUGUUUGGACCAGCCGCAAGAAACACCCAGGAGAGGAAGCGAUUCCGGAACGAUCUAGCCUCGCCCUCGAUCGCCAGACAGCCAUACCCGAUGCAUCGGUCGUCGAAGAUAAAGAUCACCGCAAGAAGGGUGUCAGUGGACGUGUUUCCGAUGCUCGCGCAGGACUGGGUCGCUUCAAAGAUGCAGUUGGACUCCAAAGCCUUCGCUCGCACAGCCAUCACCAUUCACGAGACAAUUCCGAUUUGACCUACGACGCUGCCUACCGCCCUUCCAUAGACAGCGAUAGCGAGACGCCACCCACGAGAACACGGACAAACUCUGGCUUCAGGUCAGAAUCAAGAGCAACCAAUGAAGAAGCCAUUGAAGAGGAGAACGAGCAGGAGGAAGAACCUGCUCGACUAUCUCCCAUUCCUGACUCUGGCGAGGUCAAAGCCCCUGAAAUUCACAUCGAGUCUGCGCCAACUGAAGAUGAGACUGAACCGACUCAUCUAGAGCAACCCUUCGCGCAGCAGAAUCAAAUGAUCGACGAAGAGUCAGACAUCGAACGGGUUAUGUCUCGAUCUACUGCAGCGUCCACCGAUCGCGAGCGCGAUGGGUCAAUAAGCGAAGUUGCUACCAUGGCUUUACGGCGACCCCAAAGUUGUGAACAGUUCCCAGAUAUCGAGCGUGAGAUGGAAAGGCGAGAUGGUUCAUGCGCCCGGAGUUUGUCCUUCAGCACAGUCGAAGAAGUGGUACUCAAGUGGGAACCCGCAGGCGGGAAACCCACGAUUAAGGAUACCAACAAUCUGGAAGAAGCCAUCGCCCAAGAGGACAUGCUCUCGUCCGAUGGACGGAUCUUCAGCUCACGGAUCCUGGAAUUGAGCCAGCACACUGCGCCUUGGGUUGAGCGGCAAGUGGAUUCUGUGGAUGGUCUCAACCAGAUCCUGUACGAGAGACACGAAGAGCUCAAUUCUGUCUAUCUGGAACGGUUCUCCGAAUAUCAGCGUCUGCGCGAGAGAUCCAGCGAUAUCCUCAUGGAUGAGGGCCACCAUUUAGCCGAUGGAGUGAAGCGCGUUGAGUUGCUGGGCGCCAAACUCGACUACGAACUGCGUGUCCUUGAGUCCAAGGUCGAGGACAUGGAGGCUGGGUUCACUGACUUUGACCGGCACAUUGUCAAUGUGGAGACGAGGAUCAAAUCUUUGGUCAAAGGUGAGGAACAGCAUGAUACCUCAUGGGCCACAUGGAUAGCGCGGGCCAUGGGUUUCUCGACAUAG